CAUUAGUCUCACUUUGCCAGACCUUCCUCCAAAGCGCACUGAAGGAGGGUCUGGCUAUUCCACAUAGCAUUUGGGGAAUGGGAGUAAAACGUGCUCUGGUUUAAUGGCAUUUCUUUAAACCAAUCACAAUUGUCAUGGGAAACGCUAGACUCCGCACAGAGCUUCUGUAAAACAGUCAUGCGAGAGAAAACUUAGAUUGGACAGAUAGUCUAGUUAGCUGUCUAAAUGGACCCUGCAGAGAUCUGAGGAGCAGUUAACAAUAGUCCUUAUAAAUCCACUACAUUUAAAAUUCCAACGCAAAAAAAGCUGAAGGAAACGGAAAAUACACUCAUCUGGCAAAAUCUCCUAUGGUCAUGACAGUCUAUCUAUGGCAAUGACACAUAUUUAGCCUAUUAUUACAAAAACGGCUUCUACGGAUUAAUGACGUGAGAUACAAGGUGUUCAUCUGUAUGCUUACAAAAGUACUACAGAUAUCCAGAAAGAGAGUCCAUGGAUGAUCCAGUGCUAGACUCAUCUGCUCAGGCAGAGCAUGGCUUACUUCUGCUGAGGCAGCUAGAGAGGAUGAGGGCAGCUGAGGAGCUCACUGAUGUGGUGCUGCUGGCAGAGGGGACCCCCUAUGCUUGCCACAAGGUGGUGCUGUCUGCUUGCAGCCCGUACUUCCAGGCCAUGUUUACAUGUGGCCUGAAGGAGACCCAGGAAAGAGAGGUGUCUCUAGAAGACACACCUGCUGAGAGCCUGGAGCUGCUACUGGACUACAUGUACAGAGCUGAACUCCCCCUUUGCAGUAGCAACAUUCAGGGAGUGGCUGCUGCUGCCUUCCUGCUCCAUGUAGAUGGAGCCUUCAGAUUGUGUCAAAGGCACAUGGAGGCUCAUAUGGACCCUUCCAACUGUGUCGGCCUGUACCACUGGGCCAGAGACCUAGGGGCUACAAGUCUGGCUGACUGUGCCUUGAGAUACCUCUGCCAACACUUUGCACAGGCUUGCGAGGAAGAAGAAGUGCUGGAGCUGGAUGCACAAAGUCUUGGGGAUCUGCUGGGUUCAGAUGACCUCAACAUAUCACAGGAAGAGGUUGUGCUGGAGCUGGUGCUGCGUUGGGUGGAGAGGCGAAAGGGAGACUCCCAAAGCGAAGCCCAGGCUGUAAAGUUACUUAGGUGUGUCCGGCUGGAACUUGUAGACCCUGGAUUCCUCCGUAAAGCCAGGAGGAGAAACCCGGUACUACUAAGGGAUGCUGAGUGCUUUGGAAUGAUUGAUGCUGCUCUCCAGACCUCAGGUCUCUGUGAGAAGUCAGCUCCACCUCGUCCGGCCCUUCGUUAUGGGAUGGAGACCACCGACCUGCUGCUCUGCUUGGGUGGGGUGAACAAGGAGGGGGUGCCUGCCCAUCUUGGAGGACUUGCUGACCUAAGUUUUUGCUUUGCCCCCCACGGUAGAAGGACUUACUACAUCCCAUCUCCACUGAGGGGCUGUGGAGGUAUUGGGCAGAUCACAGCUGGGGUAGUGACCCAAGACAACAACAUAGUGGUGGCUAUAGAGGCAGAAGACCAACACAGAAUGAAGAGGGUGGAUAUCUACAGGUACGAUAAUUCGGAAGAGAACAGCUGGGUGGAGCUCUGCUCCACAGUAUACAGGGAAAUGUAUGCUUUAGGGCUGCUGGGUAAUGCUCUGUAUAUGAUAGGAGGUCAGAUGAAAUUGCGUAAUCGCUACAUUAUCACAGACAGUGUGGAGAGAUGGUCGCUGAAGAGAGGAGGCAGCUGGCUCAGCUUCGCCCCUCUGCCUCUCCCCUUAGCCUGCCACUGCACCAUCAGCCUGAAGAAGUAUCUCUAUGUGCUGGGGGGCUGGACACCACAGCACCAGCCAGAUGAUGAGCCUGACAAGCUGAGUAACCGUGUGUUUCAGUUUGACCCCAGCAAGGAUAGGUGGACUGAGCGUGCCAGGAUGAAGUACUCCAGGUACUGCUGCGGCACAGCUGUCCUCAAUGGAGACAUCUACGUAAUAGGUGGUAUAGGUUGUGAUGGAGAGGAUCAUGGACAAUCACGUCGCUCUCUAAGCUCUGUGGAGAUCUAUAACCCAGACACAGACACCUGGAGACCGGGGCCGACGCUGCCCACUUCUUUACUCACGCUCCGAACCAACGCCUCCAAUAUAGGAGCAGUGGAGGGCAAGCUCUACCUCUGUGGAUACUACAAGGGGGCUGGCCGUCAUGAAGUCAUCACCAAGGAGAUUUUGCAAAUGGACCCUGCAGACAAUGUGUGGACGGUGGUGGAAAGAAGAGCAGCCGUGCAUGACAGCUAUGACGUCUGUCUGGUGGCUAACCUCAAUCCUCGAGACCUCUUCACAUCCUAAUACAGCUCCUCCUGAUUUCGAGUUAAAAUGCUUGGAGACAGAAAGUGUGGGAAAUGAGCUUCUGUCCUCUUAACCUACUAAAACCUGGCAUGACUCCUGGACUUCACAUGCAUCAACAGCAAGGUCAAGAAGAAUGUCAAAUCUGGAUAACUUCCC